CAACGAGUUCAAAGCAUGGGCGAUUUCCCUCCAGCCUCACUGUUCCUGCCCCGAACCAGCAACAAGUAUGACAGCGUACCACAAAAACAUGCCGAACAUGCAGACGCAACAUGCAGCUGGGACCCCUUGAGUCAUGCCACCCGCAUCAAGCGCACACAAAUCAAAGCCCUCCGAUAGCAAGGCUCUGCGAACCUUUGCGUGGUUUUCAGCUCAUCAUAGCCGAAUUCGACAACACCAAAUGCAGUGUUCCCAAUAUGCGUCUCAUUGACGUUUUUCUUGGACCAAUUGAAUCGCGUUUCAGCCCAUUUCAUGACCCCCAAGCUGUCAAUGGAACGCCACGAACGCCUGCUGCUCAUUCCAUGAGGACAGGGUCCUGUCAUAACGGCUCAGCGCAUGAUUAGAAUAUAUAUUCGGCAUCCAGCGGUCAUGGUAGUCGCAGGAAAGCUGAUUUCUUCGCAGCGAGCGUUGUUGGUGUUCAGCUAAACCGCCUGUCCAACGAUGACGACCACAGGCGAGGGGCCCAUGCAAAACGCGAAUCCCUUGGAACCAGGCAGCGUUGACGACUCCAGGCCACUGCCAGCUAACCAAUCUAUACCAGCAAGGAUUCGCGAGCGCCUCAAUCUGCAGAAAACACCAAAGACUCCUGAUAACCCCCAGGAUCCAGGUGCACCCACUCAGGGAGAGGCAAACCAAAUCAAUCUCAGCGCCAUCAACAAGACACAGGAGUUCGGGAAUGCUGUGACCAGUAUUCUUAGGCCGUUCUCGGAACUUCAUGUCUCCUACCCGACAGGCAACCAUUAUAUGCCGUGCGUUGACAUCAUUGCAAUCCACGACAUUGGCGAAGCACUGGAAACGGCCUGGGUUCAUCGUAAGAAGCUUAAGCGACGCCAGAACGACCCCCGGCGCUCGGUGAACACGACAUUAAUUCUCAAGACAAGCCUUGAUGAAGCCCGCAAACUGGGUAGUGAUGGUAGCCCUGCGCCUGGUCAACGGCGAGGGAGAUAUGAAAUGGUCCAGUCAACUGUCUUAUCAUGGCUCCCAACGGUUCCGGAGACAGACAUCGGAGGUACUGAUGAUGCUGAAGCUGAGACCAGGUUGGAAAGUCAACAGAUGUCCAAACGUCCGAUCUCGCCGCGAGACCAAGAUGAGCAGCCACAAGAUGCGCCGGUUAGCAAGCCAGAUGCUUCGAACCAAGGGCCGGUAAACGUCACUGAUGCUGGUGCCCCAAACAAACCGUCGACAGAUAGACCAUCUUCCGAUCGUGGGACAGAAAGACGUGUCAACUGGCUGACCGACCCCCACAUGCUGCCAGCAGAGAUUCAGCGUGCCCGAGUUCUGUGCUACACGUACUCUGACAUAGAGACCGCCUCCAAUGGACCAUUCAAAUAUCUCGACGAGAAAGCGGCGGACCUGCUCGAACGUCUCGCACAACUGCGACCUCCGGGUGAAACUGGGUUCGCAGAGGUGCCUAUCAUCUUCAUAGGGCUUGGGUUUGGCGCGCUUAUUGCUCAGCGGGCUGUCGUCAAACUUCGACUGGCGGAGACGGAUGACGCCAAAUCAAGUAUACAUCUCGGCUUAGUUGCUGGCGUGCUUCUGAUAGAUGCGCCUUCUCCUAGCAAAUCCUCAGAUCUCGAGCUGUACCCGCGCAGUCGUAGCCAAUUAUCAAACAGAACCUGGACAGACGACUGGUUUGGAAGCAGUGAUAACGGCGAUUUGGGCUUGAUCAAAGCCUCAGACAGCAGAAAGAUCGACGGUUCUUAUCUGUGGAACACAUUCUCAAGCACCGCCUCGGCAAAUCAGAUUUGCCUAGCAUGGCACUACCUCCCAGUGAAAGAGGGUGACAGGACAAUUGUCCCCAAACACCCGUCAGUGAUGUUGUUAGAGAGAAGAUCCAGAACAUCCCACCGGCUUAGCAGAUUCGACGGGAAUGAGGAUGAGGACUUCAGGUCUCUGGUCGAGAUUAUUAAGCGAUCUAUCCUCGUCAAGCACUGCACCGCACAAUCCACAGUACUGCGAGCGCGUCUUCCAGAUCUUUCCAAGGAACGAUUUCCGGUCAAUCUUAAAGACCAAAAAGGGUUGACCCCGCUACACCUCGCGGUGGAAGCAGGCAAUUCAAGCGCUGUCAGGAAUCUUGUCUACAAAGGCAAGGCGUCGCUUACAGAAAAGGACAACAACGGGAGAUCCCCUCUGACGACGGCCAUUCGCCAGGCAGUCCAGGAAAAAGACGCCAAGAAGGCCGUCUUCACGCAGAUAAUCAAGCUACUUGUGAAGGCUAACACGGGCUUGCAAGUGGAUGACAAGGAUAUUCUCGGCAACUCCCCCUGGCACUACGCAACUGGACUUGAGAAUGCAUGGAUCAAGCGGUUGAGGAAAAACUUGAUCGUAGGGAACUCGUUAACGAUGAAUCACGUGUUGGAAAGAGUCACCAAUCCCGAGCCUGGCUCGACGCAGGCCUCGGCAUGCGAUGUCUUUGACAUGUUCCUGUUGGAGAUAUUCAUGCAAACGAAACGCCGUGGGUCAAAGUGGUCUGAAAAGUUCAAUUGGGACUUUGCAACUGUGACAGACGUAAUCUACAGCGGGGAUCUCGGGGUAACCCGUACGCUGGACAUGUCGCGGCCAGACAGCCUAGCGAGAGAGAAGGCAUUGUGUCGCUGGGUGCAUUUACCUGCCAACUAUUAGGAGCAAUGGGUCCAUGACCUAUUGAUCAGUUCAGGUAUCCAGGACGGUUCCAUGGGUGGUCAGCGCCAUCAAGGUUCUCCUGUGAUCGAUCGUUACAUGAUGCCGCAAGCCAAGAGAUAUAAACAUUCCUAUGGACUGCCUGAAAAGACGCAGUCCACUGAAAGGCCGAACGCAGUCCGACGAGGAAGCUCUUCAGAAAGUGGAAUUACGCUUACCUUGGGUCCUGGAGAUGUUGCCGCUGUUGACAAAUUGGGGUCUAGCCAAUCUAGUGUGUCCGAGUCAAAGGAGUCUGAUGCCAUCGUGAUUUUUCUACCCAUUUUCGGUUUCGAAUGUCACCGGCACCGCAAGUAUCUCAGCGACGCCAUCUCGAAUGCUUCCGGUGAAUUGAAAACCUCACAGCAAGAUAAAGUAAUUUCAGAGGCUGCAGCAUCCAAGUCAUCGCCUUCAAGGCAUGCUAAGAGAAGAAGCACAGUCUCUUCUUCAUAUUAUUCCACGCCCAGUAGCCCGUUCAAGGAUGCUGCCAAACUGCUUCGGAAUGCCAUGCCUGUUAGCAAUCAAUCGCUUCUGUUAGACGGCUACUUACGCUCGCCCAAGCCUGUGCAUUGUCGCCGCACGCUGGAUCAGUUUUCUUAUUACAUGCUAAGCUCGACUGAGACAAGAGACAAGAGUCAGGUUGCUUAUAAAUGGGCCAAGGACACAAAGGCAUGCGACAAGGCCAAGGACAGACCCAUCAUCAUGGUUGAUCAGCUGUGGGUGUGGAUUCUCCAUAACGGGACCGUCAUCACGAGCUUUCCAACCACAUGGAAUGGAGACGAGUCUUACGAUCUCAUGAAGGCCCUAAUGGCCGAGCUUGGAGGCAACAAAGAAAGACCACUCAUCCGCUCGGCCGAACACCUGCUCCACCUGAUUCUCAGAACAAGCCUUGACUUUUGCAAGCGGAAGGGGCCUGCAGGGUUUCGUUUUGAGGAUUGCUUCAGAGGUUCCAUCAACAGUGUGUCUGAGAAGCAGAACCUCCUUUUUGACGAGUUUCGUCGAAUUACCACUCGAUUAGAGAAGGGAAACCUCAGUCCGAAAAAGAAGAAGAAAGAGAUCGAGUCCCUCUUACGCCUGGACGAGGAGACAAAGCUUCUCAUUGAGAUUAUGGACAUCCAGGAUGAGCUAACCAUUAUCAAGACUAUUUUGUCACAACAGGAGACGGUGCUUCAGAGUCUUUUGCUACUCUAUCCUAAGAAAGGGAGAGAUGACGAAAGCGACGGGGAAGAUGACGCCGAUAAGCCGCUGCGGAACCGUGAAAUUGAAGGUUUAGUAAGGGACUUGCUUCGAGCCUUUGGGCAGGGGCCGGUAGUAAACGAUACCUCGAAGGUUGGGUCAGAUGUGCCACCUAGGCAUGUUCACUUCCAAGAGGUCCUGUGCCAUCAACAGGCCACUGGAACUCUCCCAACCGACAGUUCAAUACAAGGUGGUGAAUGUUCCAACGGUGGAGAACUCGCUCGAAGUUCAAGCCAAGGAGAGUUAAAGGGGAAGGGGAAGGAAGGACAAUCUGAACAACAGGCGGCAGGACCCUCACCACAACUGAUAAAAGGCCCAGAGGCGAAAAGGCGAGAUCAGGAGGAAUGGGGACCGACGGCCUCGUCCGACCGGGUAAACAAGCCAGAAACGAAGAAGCAGAAAGCUCUCCUCACCCAUCCUGACCUGAUGUAUGGGACCCUCGGCAUCGUUCAAGGUCACAUCCGAGUCGUCACAAACAUGUUGGAAGUGGCCGAAAAAGUCCAAUCCUUGGUGAGUUUGGGCGCCAAAAGGCCCUGAGAGCCUUCGUCGUUAUUAAUCUUCAAUGACAGCUGGAAAGUCUUCUUGACUUGAAACAGAAACACGCGAACGGCUGGGAGGCGCGAUUUUCACGUGAAGGGUCGGAAGAAACGCAGAGACAGGGAAAUACAAUUCUCUUCUUCACAAUUGUGACAGCCAUCUUUGUAGGUUGUCCGGCGCUUUGUUCCUGGCAUUUUGAUACUAAUCAUGGGAAACCCUAGCUGCCGCUAUCUUUUAUGGCCAGUUUCUUUGCUUUGGACGUCGAUAUCUUCCCCAAAGAUGAGGCCUCAGAAGAAACCUCGUGGCCGCUCGGUCAAGUUUGCGGUUAUCUGUUUGGCAUCUCUGCUUCCAUCUUCACACCACUAGUCAUCAUAGCAGUUUACGUGAACGACCUGUCUGAUGCUGUUCGGAAGGCAUAUCGUCGCCUUGUAAAAAAGAAGGACGCACAAGGCGGCGAUAACAAGGCUCCUGGUGUCGACGGUCAAACUGGGGUUAUACUACGUACCGGCGAUUACGACUCAGACAAGGAAACCACAGCUGUUGAUCAUCAAUUGCCACCGCCAAAGUCCCGAGGAAAGACAGCCUCUUUGAACAAACCUGUCCAACAUGGGGGAUGGUUAAAUUGGUUUGGACCGCUUAGGCACUCUGCCGGCAGCAACGAUCCCGGUUACGCCAAACUAUUUGGCACAUUCACCUUUCACACCCAUAUCCCAGGGCUUCGUCGCCUGUGGAAGUGGCAACGGUAUCUCCAACGGAGCAGACGGAAUCCUUUCAGUGGUAGCCGUUGGAAUGACAGAUACGUCACUGACUACCCGCUCCACCACUUUCUGACUGGGAUCCGCCGCUUUCUAUCUCGUAUUGGCAACACACUCUUCAUGUGUAUUGCACUACCAAUGUUGGUGGCCAUUGGGCUCUGCCUCAUGGGCAGAAAGAAAGCAAACAGAUCAGCACGCCGCCCACGACGACCGAGGAGCGACGUCAGCAGCUCGUACUGGUCCAUGUCUGAGGAGGAAAGCGAUACAGACUCGUCCUUUGAACAUCCACGAAGGGGCCGUUUCCGGUCCGAACCUCGCUCUCGCUCGGCAGGUCGCAGAAGCCACCGAGGGUCAGACUCGGACCGCCACUAUCCGGGUUGGUUCGAUGUUGAUUCAGCUGGGGGUAGCGAGCGAGAGGAUGGUGAAGAGUGGUCGAUUGAGGCGCGGUCUCGGAGGACGAGGUCUUUGCGAAGGAGAUCGACUAUAUCCUUAGCUCUUUCUGGCGGUGAGAGAGUAAGUGGAAUAGAGCCAGAAGCACCGUCGACUAAGCAGAAGGGGAAACGUCACGGGAGGUUGCGGAGGAUUUUGGCUAGGUGGGGGAAGGCUAAAAGUGCAGAUACGGAGAUGGGAGAGCGGGCAGUUCGCUAGACUUGUGGGAGUGGUUUUGUAUUCUGAUCUCAGGGACAAAGGAUGUGGCAUGAGGAGUACGGACCGUCUUGGACCUGCUUUGGUGGCACGGUAUGUCUGGCACCAGAACAGACCGUCGCCAUUCACAACCCCUUUUACUGGAUUCACCGCCCGCUCAUACAGUUGCUCAGAACACACCACUUACACAACUACUGGAUCCAUCACUUACAUGAGCAGGGAGCAGGGAGCAAAUAGAACACGCGAAUGCCCCUCCAAACCUCUACGAGCACUUGAAUUUUUCGGGAAAACUGAUUCGUGAGCAAGAGAGGUUUAUCAAGGGUCUUGGUUAGGUUUAUAUUCCGAGCUUCACACGAAUAAUUGAGGUUUUUUUUUCUCAAAAUAGUCUCAGCUUGAAGGUUCCGUAGAAGUAUUACAAUCACGAGCUCAAUCAAUAUGCCCAGGAUUCCUUUCAUGAUC